GCCUUUUGUAUUUUUAAUGGGGGCCCUUGCCUGUUUUGAGCUGACUUAAUUAAAAAGCCGCUGUGAGUGAUGCCUUGUGACGGCCUAAUCCCAACCCGGUGACUCUACAAAGCUUUCGCCUGGUUUUCCCCCUGCUCCACUCCAGCCCUGCUUGCUCCCUCACAGUCUGUGUCAGGUCUCUGCUCCGGUGCCCCCCAGCUGCGGACGCUGACCCCUCCAGGACGAUUUGGCUUCUUGCAUCUCCCCGUGUCCCGUGGACAAUAAGGAAGCAGCAUGUCUGCAAUAACUGGAACGUUCCGGAUUGUCUCCGAGGAGGAGCAAGCCCUUCGCACCAAACUCGAGCGACUUACCACCAAGGACCACGGCCCCGUCUUUGGAAAGUGUGACAAAGUCCCCCUGCACACCAUGCAAAAGGCAAAGGACGAGCUGAACGAGACAGAGGAGAAGCGGGAGUCAGCCGUGAAGGAGCUCCGGGAGCUGGUGCAUGAGAGAGCCAGCGGGGGCGAGGAUUUGUGCAAGGCAGUGGCAGAGAAGGUGAAAGGAAAGGAUGACAGCUUCUUCCUUCGCUUCAUCCGUGCCCGCAAGUUCGAUGUCAACAGAGCUUAUGAGCUACUGAAAGGCUAUGUAAACUUCCGUCAACAGUACCCAGAACUCUUUGAUAACCUGACACCUGAAGCUGUGCGCAGCACCAUUGAGGCUGGCUACCCCGGCAUCCUGGCCAGCAGGGACAAAUACGGCCGGGUGGUGAUGCUCUUCAACAUUGAGAACUGGGACUACGAGGAGAUCACCUUUGAUGAGAUUCUUCGUGCAUAUUGCGUUAUCUUAGAGAAGCUGCUGGAGAAUGAAGAGACCCAGAUCAAUGGACUCUGCAUCAUUGAGAAUUUCACGGGCUUCACCAUGCAGCAGGCGUCGGGCAUCAAACCCUCUGAGCUCAAGAAGAUGGUGGAUAUGCUGCAGGACUCCUUCCCAGCUCGAUUCAAGGCCGUUCACUUCAUCCACCAGCCUUGGUACUUCACCACUACCUACAACGUGGUCAAACCUUUCCUGAAGAGCAAACUCCUGGAGAGGGUCUUUGUGCAUGGGGAGGAGCUAGAGUCCUUCUAUCAGGAGAUCGAUGCUGACAUCUUGCCAGCAGAUUUUGGUGGCAACCUGCCCAAAUAUGAUGGCAAAGCCACCGCUGAGAAGCUUUUUGGACCCCGGAUUGAGGCUGAAGACACAGCUCUAUAAAGAAAAUCCCCUCCCUGCUUCCCCAUCUGAUAAGACUAGAGACAUCUGUCUAACCCAGCACACUUACGCCCUGCCUUACUGUAGCAUUGAUUGCACAAUCGCUUGUGAUGAUAAACUCUGGGUGCGUAUCUCCACACAUGCUCCUCACCCCUUCAAAAAUCCAUCAAGGAUCUUCUCUCUCCAGCUGUCCAGCAGGGGAGCAAACCAUAAACAAUCGGUUCUGUCAUGGCACCUCCUGAAGCUGCUAAGAGAAGGACAGGGCAGCAACUGAAUGGAGAAGAGACUGUCAGGCUGGUCUCAGCCCCACCCUUCACCUGAACACUGGACCAUGGCUCACCUCCAGCCUAGGUAGUGUAGUAGCUGCAAAGUGCCUUUCCCUGUGCUUGCUGGCUUGGCUUGUAAGAGUGCAAGGCAGUAGGAAAGCAGGGCUCCAAGGCCAGCAUUUGCCCACCCACAGCAGGGUACUCGGAGGCCAGGCUAGUGACAGGUGGCUAUAGCUGAAGGAGGAGAGCAGUGUGGUAGUAAAGUUGUAGAACAGUCUCCGGGUAGCUGGAAGAAUUCCAAGCAUCGCAUGUGACUGUGUGGAUGACACAGGCAGAGUCCACCACCACAGGAGGCCCCCAAGAAGCACUGUUUGAAAUACGUACACAGCGAAAUAAAGUGCACAACCGCAGGGAUGCUUUGGGUCCCUUUGUAGUCCCUGCCCCUCCACCACCCAUAAAUGGGCCAAUGGGUUGUCAUCUCCAGUCAGG